CUCUUCCCCGACAGACUAACUCAUGUUCCGUCUCUCGACUGGUUCCACCUCUAUGGUGCGGGCUGCAAUUGCGGCGUCGCAGAUGCGCUCCAUGGCCACGGCCAAGGACGUCCAGUUUGGCUCCAAGGCCCGUGCCCUCAUCCUGGCUGGCGUGGACAAGAUCGCCGACGCGGUGCAGGUGACGCUCGGACCCAAGGGCCGCAACGUCAUCAUCCAGCAGGCGUUCGGCGACCCGAAGAUCACCAAGGACGGUGUGUCUGUGGCCAAGUCGAUCGAGUUUGCCGACAAGUACAAGAACCUCGGCGCGCAGUGCGUCCGCAUGGUGGCGUCCAAGACCAACGACGUGGCCGGUGACGGUACGACGACGGCGACGGUGCUCACGCGCGCCCUCUUUGCCGAGGGCUGCAAGUCGGUCUCGGCCGGCCUCAACCCGAUGGACCUCCACCGCGGGAUCAAGAAGGCCGUCGACGCCAUGGCCAAGGAGCUCAAGGACAUGUCGACGCCGAUCGAGACGACGGAGCAGAUCGCGCAGGUUGCGUCGAUCUCGGCUAACAACGACAACGAGAUCGGGCAGCUCAUCGCGACGGCGAUGGAGCGUGUCGGCCGCGACGGCGUGGUGACGGUCAAGGACGGCCGCACCCUUGAGGACGAGCUCGAGGUUGUGGAGGGCAUGCAGAUUGACCGCGGCUACAUCUCGCCGCACUUUAUCACCGACGCCAAGACUGCGGCGGUGACGUUCAAGGACGCGUACGUGCUGUGCUUUGAGAAGAAGAUCUCGACCAUCCAGUCGAUCGUGCCUGUGCUCGAGAAGGUGGCCAAGGCCCAGAAGCCGCUGGUCAUCAUCGCUGAGGACGUCGACGGCGACGCGCUCACCACCCUGGUGGUGAACAAGCUCCGCGGCAUCACCCAGGUCGCGGCGGUCAAGGCUCCGGGCUUUGGCGAGAACCGCACCAAGUCGCUGCAGGACAUUGCCAUCCUCACCGGCGGCGAGCUCUUCACCGAGGAGUUUGGCCUCGCCCUGGAGGAGGCCUCGCUCGACGACCUCGGCACGGCCAAGGAGAUCGUCAUCAAGAAGGACUCGACCCUCAUCAUGCACGGCGGCGCCGAGCCGCAGGACAUCGAGGACCGCGCGGGCGCCAUCCGUGAGGCUAUCUCCAACUCCAAGUCGGAUUACGACAAGGAGAAGAUGCAGGAGCGUCUGGCCAAGCUCUGCGGUGGCAUCGGCGUCAUCCGCGUUGGCGGCGGCUCCGAGGUCGAGGUCGGCGAGAAGAAGGACCGCAUCGAGGAUGCGCUCCACGCCACCCGCGCCGCCAUCGAUGAGGGCAUCGUGGCCGGCGGUGGCUGCGCCCUGCUCCGCGCCUCCAAGGUCCUCGACGCCGUCGAGGUCGAGAACUUUGACCAGCAGGUCGGCGUCAACAUUGUCCGCGCGGCCGUCCAGGUCCCGGCCAAGUCGAUUGCCAACAACGCCGGCCACGAGGGCGCCGUUGUCGUCGGCAACAUCCUCCGCUCCGACGACGUCUCCUACGGCUUCAACGCCCAGUCUGGCGAGUACGUCAACAUGAUCGACGCCGGUGUCAUCGACCCGACCAAGGUCGUCCGCACCGCCCUCGUCGACGCCUCCUCCGUCGCCUCGCUCCUCACCACCGCUGAGGCUUGCGUCGUCGACGACCCCGACGAGAAGGACGAUGCCGCUGGCGCCAUGCCGAUGGGCGGCAUGGGCGGCAUGGGCGGCAUGGGUGGCAUGGGCGGCAUGGGCUUCUAAUCUGUGCUCUAAACGCGUGCAACCGAUA